CCUGAUGAACAUAAAGCUCAUUUGGCUUCAAUAAAUCUUGAGGGAAAGGCUAUGAAGUGGCAUCAAUCUUUUUUAGAGAUUAAGGGAGAGCAAGUGCUUUCAAAUUGGGAGGAAUAUGUUGAGGGCCUUAAGGCUAGAUUUGGUGAGAAGGCUUAUGAGGAUCCCAUGUCUGAUUUGAUUUCACUUAAGCAAACUGGGACAGUGGAAGAAUUCCAGGAGCAAUUUGAUACUCUUUUCCCUCAAAUUGGAAUAAAUGAAAAACAAGCAGUGAGUUUUUUCCUCAGUGGAUUGAGAAGAGAGAUAGAAAUUUCAGUGAGGAUGUUUAAGCCACAGACUCUUUAUGAUGCUUAUGCUUUAGCCCGGCUACAAGAGUCUUCUAUUCAAGAGGCACAAAAGUUAGCUUUAACAUAUGUUAAUGUGGCAAAAAGGGUUGGCUGUAAGUUACAAGCUGUUGAGGCUUUGAAAGUUGAUGUAGCUGAUGGAAGUUCAUUGGAAUGUGUCCAUAUGUGCCAAGAUUUUACUUGGUGGUUACAAGAGACCUUGGGUGACAUUUUGUGGAAUUUUAAGACUUUACGCAUGGAGUUUGUUGUCAAUGGACAAAAGUAUGUACUCAGGGGAUCUUCUCAGGUGUCUUUAAAGAUGGUUGGCAGUAAAGGAAUGGUGAGAUUGCUUAAAAAAGAAGGACAGGCCAGCUCAAUUCAUUUAUGUAGUCUGAUUGUUGAUGCUGUCGAAGGACGUGGCACUUGGCAAAUUGAAGAAAAUAAAGUUGAAAACGCUUCCAAGAAGGUAUUUAAGCUGUUGAGAGAUAAUGAGCUAUUUGCGAAGCAAAGCAAAUGUUUCUUUGGUUGUGACAGGAUAGAAUAUCUUGGGCACUAUAUCUUUGAAGGAGUUUCUAUUGAUCCUAAGAAGAUUUUAGUUGUUCAGCAAUGGCCUCAACCAAAGACUGUUAAGGAAUUAAGGGGAUUUCUCGGUUUGACAGGAUAUUAUAGAAGGGAGGCUAGUGAAGCUUUUGAAUCCCUUAAGCAUGCUGUGACAACAACUCCAGUGUUAGUUUUGCCAGAUUUUUCCAAUGAGUUUGUAGUGGAGACCGAUGCUUCUAAUGCUGGAAUUGGCGUUGUUCUUUUACAACAAGGGCAUCCAAUAGCCUUUAUCAGCAAGGCUUUGUCCUUAAGACAUCAAAGUUUAUUAGUUUAUGAAAAGGAGUUGUUAGCUCUAAUUUAUGUAGUGCGUAAGUGGUCACAUUAUUUGACUAGAAGGCAUUUUAUCGUCAAAACAGGUCACCAGAGUUUGAAGUAUCUUUUAGAGCAGAGGAUUAGCACUCCUUUACAGCAAGCUUGGUUGGCUAAAUUAAUGGGCUAUGAUUUUUCAAUUAGUUAUAAAAAGGGAAAAGAAAAUGUGGUAGUAGAUGCCCUUUCUCGAGUGUCCAGUAACCAGCUCAUGCAAAUGGCAGUCUUUAGGAUUCUUCCUGGUAUUUAUGAAGAGGUGAGACUUAGUUGGGAAGUUGAUCCAGUGCGUCGGGAAAUCUGUAAUAAAUUACAGCAAGGUUCUUUAAAGGAUUCUGCUUACACUUGGUCUGAAGGACAACUAAGACGAAAAGGCAGAUUAGUUGUGGGAAAUAAUGCUGCUCUUAGGAGGAAGUUGAUUCAUUUGGUGCAUGAUAGUGCAAUGGGAGGUCACUCUGGAAUUCAAGCUUCCAUAAAAAGGCUUGUGCUUUUGUUUUAUUCGAAAGGCUUAGAGAAAGAUGUGAGGCAGUACAUAAGGCAAUGUGAUGUAUGUCAGCGUUACAAACCAAAAAAUACUCCAACUCCAGGGCUAUUGCAACCUCUGCCAAUUCCUGAAGCAAUUUGGACUCAAACUUACAAAAUAUGCACAUUUCAUUGCCUUACAACAUCCUUACUCAGCUCUUACUAUUGCACAAGCUUACAUGGACAAUGUCUUUAAGUUGCAUGGAUUGCCUCAAGAAAUUGUAUCUGACAGG